UUUACUGCGAAUCUACCCAGCAAAAAAAUAAACAACAAUGGCAGACAGUGGUUUUGGAUUUGUGUCUACGGCAGUUGAUUUUGGAGGAUUUUCUUCAUAAAAAGGCAAUCGUCCAAUAAAGUUAAGAACUAGCUAGUGUGUUUGUUUCCCAGCCAUGUUUGGAUGGAUGUGUCUUUAUUGCUGACCACUCAGGACGGUCUGCAGGUACACUCUAUUUCCGCCGUCCCUCUACAGGAUGGGAUGCAUGUGUGGCAAGGAGGCGGUCACCAUCAACAGCCGCAGGUUCUAUGUGCGCUCACGGCUUGGAGAGGGUGGAUUCAGUGUUGUAGACCUGUUAGAGGAGGCGAGGACUCAUGCCUUGUUUGCCAUGAAGAGGAUCACAUGUCACGGGCCUGCUGAUGAGCGCCUGGCUCUUCGGGAGGUGGAGGUGAUGAGGGCCCUUAGGCACCGGCACAUCGUCCCCCUGGAGGAGUACUGCCAGAUCACCAUCGGCAGGCAUGACCAGUCACAGGACACCAUCUCAGAGGUCCUGCUGAUCAUGCCUUACUAUAAGAGAGGGUCACUACAGGAGAAAUUGGACGCCUUGAAGCGCAGGAAUGAGAGGCUCGCUGAGGGGGAUAUCUGGAGGGUGUUCACAGGUGUUCUACAGGCUGUCCAAGCCAUGCACAGACAUGACCCUCCAUACUCCCACAGGGAUAUCAAGCCAGGCAAUGUGAUGAUGGAUGAUGCAGGGGAGGCUAUUCUGAUGGACCUGGGCUCGGCCAGCCCUGCCAGGCUGCAGGUGACCACACGCUCAGAGGCUCAGGCCCUGCAGGAUGAGGCUGCUGAGCGCUGCUCCAUGUUGUUCAGACCCCCAGAGCUGUUCAGUGUGGAGCCAGGAGCCAGCAUAGACGAGCGCACAGAUGUAUGGUCACUGGGAUGCUUUCUGUAUGCGAUGGCGUUUGGGGAGUCUCCAUUUGAGAAGGUCUACCAGAGAGGGGACAGUAUUGCCUUGGCUGUCAUGUCACAGAAUGUCUCAUUCCCAACACACAGUUACUCUGUGAAACUGGAAGAAUGUAUUCGGCUGUGUCUGGUUGUCAACCAAAUGGAGCGGCCCUUCAUAGAGCAGGUGAUUGAGGCAGCAGCUCUCUGACCUUGGGAGUGACUCUCUGACCCCGGGCAUGACUCUCUGACCCUGGGCACAGACUUCUGACCCUGAAAACUGCUGGCCACAUAAAAACGGGCAUGCUGGCCACAUGAAUACGGGCACGCUGGCCACAUGAAUACGGGCACGCUGGCCACAUGAAUCCGGGCAUGCUGGCCACAUAUCCACACCAGACAACAAGCAGACUGGCUUUGCAAGCAUGUUCUGUAACAUUCAAAUGUUCUUUGGCCUGCUUUGUUGUCACGGGACAUGUUCUAUCCAAGACUAAAUCAAUCAGUGUGACCAGAUUUGACAAUGACACAUUCCUGUAUCAUAAGUAAUCAAUGGAAACAUGUGCAACCAAUGGGAUGGUAAAAAUGCGGGUGCCAACAUGUUUUAGUCAGUGCAAACUCUGAUAGGAUUAUCUAUCAACUUAUUGCUCGUCUUCAAUUUCAUACUGUGUUUGCCUGUAUGGUGUAUUCCUUGGCAUGAUAAGUGCUUAAUUGGAUAUUAAUAAAGGUCAACCAUCAUUAGUUACAGAUUUACAAAUUGAUAAUGAUGCAUAUAUGCAUUCCAAUAUGACAUUGUGAUCUUGUUGAGUGAUUAUUACGAAUACAAGUGAUUUCAUUCUGGGGUAUUGGGGACAGAUAGCAUGCAGUAAUAAAUAUAUUGGUGUCUAAUAAAUUUGUGUUAUGUUACACAAUAAAAUUUAUUUACACAAUAACCUGAAUACAUGAUAUUAAAUGCAUAAUUAGAUGACUAAUGACUUGCAUCAUCUAUGUACAAAAGGGGAAUCAUGUUAGAACAUAAGAGGAAUCAUGUAAGAACAUAAGGGGAUUCAUGUAAGAACAUACGGGGAAUCAUGUAAGAAUAUAAGGGGAAUCAUGUAAGAACAUAAGGGAAACCAUGUAUGAACAUAAGGGGAACAUGUAAGAACAUAAGGGGAAUCAUGUAAGAACAUAAGGGGAAUCAUGUAAGAACAUAAGGGGAACCAUGUAAGAACAUAAGGGGAAUCAUGUAAGAACAUAAGGGGAACCAUGUAAGAACAUAAGGGGAACCAUGUAUGAACAUAAGGGGAAUCAUGUAAGAACAUAAGGGGAAUCAUUUAAGAACUAAGUGGAAUCAUGUAAGAACAUAAGGGGAACCAUGUUAGAACAUAAGGGGAACCAUGUAUGAACAUAAGGGGAAUCAUGUAAGAACAUAAGGGGAAUCAUGUAAGAACAUAGGGGAACCAUGUAUGAACAUAAGGGGAAUCAUGUAAGAACAUAAGGGGAACACAUACAACUCAGCUGUUGUGUGUUGUCUGGUGGGGACCAUAAUUCUUUGUUGUAUAUAUUAUUAUCAUCUAAUCAUACAAAUAUGGUGGCAAAAAUGCAAUUACUUUUGAUUAUGGCUUGUAGGCGUAGGUUUUUUACUCAGUAGACCAUGAAAUGUUUAUCAUUUUAUGUUGCACUCUUCAUUGUAUUGGAACACCAUAGGAUCGCCAUCUAAACUGACAAGCCUGUGGUUGAACGUAAUAACAUCAUUUGUUUUGCCCUGAACACAAUAUUGUAUUUACAUAUAUUAUUUAUUUCAUUUGUUCAUGCAUGUUUAUUGUUAUCUCUGUAUUUGAUUAUAAAAGUAUAAACACUUUAGCAUAA